AUGGCGGCUCCCAAAGGCUACGAUGUCUUCGAGAUUGUCCCAAAAGCGGCCCAUCUGGUGCUGCUCGGCGAUCUCCAUCACUUCCGCACGGUGCUCUUAGUCCCAAGCAAUCAUGAAGGGUAUCAUUCCGCCUGGCAUGACACGCCCAACAUCCUUCGCACCUUCAAACAGGACGUCCGCAACAACAAGUCAUUAGGGGAAUUUAUCCUGCUCGACCGGACGGCCUUCCGGCUGCCCGACACAGACCCGACCAUCCUGGGUUGCAGCCUCUUCUCUUGGGUCCCGGCCAAAAAUGAAAUGGCUGUCAGCAUGGGACUGAACGACUUUUUCCACACCAACGACUGGGAUGUCGGCAUGCAUAACGAGGCGCAAGAGCGGGACCUGGCUUGGCUCAAUGGGCAGGUCGUGGACCUGGAACAGCAGUCCGACGUUAAGAAGAUCAUGAUCUUUCCGCACUGA